UUGUGUCGGAACCAAUCCAUUGGACUAUUUUUUCGUCUUCCUUCUCUCUCGUUACUGUCACUUGUUUGCAAGAGAGAAUUUAGAAGAAAACCACAGAAAUCUCCGAUUUUAGGUUGCUGGAAUUCAGAUCACCGGCUUUGAAUUAGUCAUAACCCAAAAACCCUAAUCCACUUCUAGAAAAUUUCAAAGCUCGAGAAGCGUUCCUCGCUCUCCGUUCGUUGGUUUUUGGAUUGUUCCUUUGUUUUUUGUUCGAAUGGAAAGAGAGAGCUUGGAUUUUUGGUGGGUGCGAUUUUUGGGUUUGUUCGUGAAAACCUGCUGAAAUGCGAAGCAGUCGGAGAUUUUUCUGGGUCUAACCGGAUCGGGAAGUGGCUGGAUAUUUGAUGGAAGUGAAGCUGUUAGUGCCAGCUUUUCUGGAAAUUUCAUGGAGGUUGUAGUCCGGUGCUGUUCAUGUUCUAGGCCGUGUCUUAAUUCUCAACUAAGAUCCGCCACCGUGCUCUUUAUUGCCUGGGUUGUGUUGACUCUGUUGUGGUCGGGAGCUGUAGUUGCAAAAGCCAAACACCGUCACAUACCCUUGCAAGGUGUGGAAGUCGGAAGUGAUGGUAUCGCUUCUCAUUCGUGUAUCCAUGACCAGAUAAUUGAACAGAGGAAGAGACCGGGUCGAAAAGUAUACUCAGUUACUCCUCAGGUUUAUCAUGAGUCAAGAGGUGCUUCAAAACCCUCCCAUCGCAAAGGAAGGUCAUUGCUGGGGAUCUCUGAAGAGCAGAAGGAUGUGAAGCAGCCUAUAAGGAUAUACUUGAAUUAUGAUGCCGUGGGUCAUUCACCCGAUAGAGAUUGCAGAAGAGUCGGUGAUAUCGUGAAGCUUGGUGAACCUCCUUCAAGCAGCUUCCCUGGUACUCCUGCAUGUAAUCCUCAUGGUGAACAUCCGGUUUUUGGUGAUUGUUGGUAUAACUGCACUCUGGAUGACAUAUCUGGGGAGGACAAGAGGCAUCGUCUCCGAAAGGCUCUGGAGCAGACAGCAGGUUGGUUCAGAAGAGCCUUAGCUGUUGAACCUGUGAAAGGGAACUUGCGUUUAAGUGGGUACUCGGCAUGUGGGCAAGAUGGAGGUGUGCAGCUUCCUCGUGAAUAUGUUGAAGAGGGUGUCGCUGAUGCUGAUUUAGUUCUAUUGGUGACCACGAGACCUACCACUGGUAAUACCCUUGCAUGGGCAGUUGCUUGUGAGCGUGAUCAAUGGGGACGUGCAAUUGCUGGGCAUGUCAAUGUUGCUCCUAGCCAUUUGACUGCUGAAGCUGAGACCUUGCUUUCGGCAACUCUCAUUCAUGAGGUUAUGCAUGUUCUUGGAUUUGAUCCGCAUGCCUUUUCCCAUUUUAGAGAUGAGAGGAAGAGGAGGCGAACUCAGGUCACUGAGCAAGUAAUGGAUGAUAGGCUUGGGCGAACAGUGACUCGUGUAGUGCUUCCCCGGGUUGUCAUGCAUUCUCGGCAUCAUUACGGGGCAUUUUCUGAGAAUUUCACGGGCUUAGAGCUGGAAGAUGGGGGAGGACGUGGCACAUCCGGGUCACAUUGGGAAAAGAGACUUCUCAUGAACGAGAUUAUGACGGGGUCGGUAGAUACCAGAUCAGUCGUUUCAAAAAUAACUCUAGCUCUACUGGAGGAUAGUGGUUGGUAUAAGGCUAAUUAUAGCAUGGCAGACUCUCUCGAUUGGGGCCGAAACCAGGGAAAUCAGUUUGUCACAUCCCCAUGUAACAUGUGGAAAGGCGCUUACCAUUGCAACCCAACCCAACUAUCUGGCUGUACAUAUAACAGAGAGGCUGAAGGUUACUGUCCAAUUGUAAGCUACAGUGGAGACCUGCCUCAAUGGGCUCGCUAUUUCCCACAGGCUAACAAAGGCGGCCAGUCUUCCUUAGCUGAUUAUUGUACAUAUUUUGUUGCCUAUUCUGAUGGGUCUUGUACGGACAUUAAUAGCGCACGGGCGCCUGAUAGAAUGUUGGGAGAAGUGAGAGGGAGUGACUCCAGGUGUAUGGCGUCAUCUUUAGUGCGAUCCGGGUUUGUUCGGGGUUCCAUGACUCAAGGGAAUGGUUGUUAUCAGCAUAGAUGUAUAAAUAGUUCGCUAGAGGUUGCCGUUGAUGGCAUAUGGAAAGCUUGCCCUUUAGCUGGCGGACCACUUCAGUUCCCCGGUUUUAAUGGUGAAUUAAUUUGUCCGGCUUACCAUGAACUCUGCAGUACAGCCCCUGUUUCCGUGCGUGGCCAGUGUCUGAAUUCGUGUAGCUUUAAUGGUGAUUGUGUUGAUGGGAAGUGCCUUUGUUUCCUCGGGUUUCACGGCCACGACUGUAGUAAACGGUCGUGCCCUAAUGAUUGUAAUACGCGCGGUAAAUGCAAGUUUGACGGUGUUUGUGUAUGCGAAAAUGGUUUUACCGGCAUUGACUGUUCUACUGCUGUGUGUGACGAACAGUGCAGCCUUCACGGAGGAGUGUGUGAUAAUGGCGUCUGCGAGUUUCGUUGCUCUGAUUAUGCAGGCUACACUUGCCAGAACAGUUCUAAACUUAUUUCAGGUUUGUCAGUGUGUAAAGAUGUCUUACAGAGAGACAUAACGGGGAAACAUUGCGCCCCACGUGAACCGAGCAUACUUCAGCAGCUUGAGGAAGUUGUAGUCAUGCCCAAUUACAACCGACUCUUUCCAGGUGGUGCUCGCAAGAUAUUUAACAUUUUCGGUAGCAGCUACUGUGAUGAAGCUGCGAAAAGACUGGCAUGUUGGAUAUCGAUCCAGAAAUGCGAUAGUGAUGGAGACAACAGGUUGCGGGUGUGCCAUUCAGCGUGUCAAUCCUACAACGCUGCGUGUGGAGCCUCCUUAGACUGCUCGGAUCAAACCCUUUUCAGCAGCCCUGAGGAAGGCGACAGUGAAUGCACUGGCUCGGGUGAGAUAAGCUCCCCGUGGUUCAGCAGCUUGUGGAGUAGAAUCGUGGGAAGUAGCGAAGAGAGUUCGGGAAAAUAAAUGUCUGUAACAACAUAGGAAACUGUAGUUAAGCUCUUUUAAUUCUUGUUUGUCUUGUUCCCUGCGUGUUAAGCUUCUUGCCUAAAUUGUAAAUCGCUCUAGGGUUUUUUGAGGGUAACGAGCGGGCAACGUAAAUGCAACACCUUGCCGUGCAAGUCAAGGUAGGUUCUUCCCUUGACCUGCUGAUAGGCAAUUAGAGUCUGAAAGCAUGUUUGUCCAUUAGAGAAAUGAAAAUGUAUCAGAAAUGUAUGAAGGAGAAAAAAAAAUCUUUUUUUUUAAAGAUUUUUUUUGUUGGAAUGUACAAAAUCUGGGAUUUUAGGUUUUAA